AUGCACCAUGGCACAUCGUGUAUAGUUGGUGAAGCUGAAUGCAGUGGAGCGUUCGUGCAUCUGCGAUUGGAACGAGCAUGCGCACUGCUUACUUGGUGCAAAACUGCGCAUAGGCCGUACGUACAUUGUGGAGAAACCCCAUCAGAGAAUAUACAGCAACCCGAAAUAAGUUUAUCAUAUAAUCCAGAAGAAGUGAUUCCGCUGAAAUAUUCUGGAAAUUUGGUCCACGAAACUGAAGCUGGCGUUGUCGGUGAAGAAGGAUUCAUCGACCUCCAAUGCGUGAAGGACAUGCGUCUUGGUGGUAAACUCCUGGAACCGAGGGACAUAGCUGAUCUCGUGGCCAGCGCAAAGAGACACGGUCUCGAAUCCUGCAGUCAGAAAGCUCACGUCAUAUCACUACUUUACGGCAACACUCUUAGCGAUAACAGACAUAUACACUUUUUAUUACCUCCCAACGCAUACAGAGUAUGGGCUGUUGGCCUUCAUUCUGUGACAAAGGCUCUAAUUAGCCAGACCAAGUUGGCAGACAGGAGUCUGGCUUGGUUGAAAAAUAAGUACACGGCUCUUUACUAUGAAGAUGGUUGCUGCUGUGAGCCGUUGGUCUCUGAUGCUAUUCGGAUUUUCGGUGGAAGGGAUUCAAUUUAUGGCAGCUCGUCUCAUUCAACUCCAGUGAAAUUCACUGACUCCCAUUCGGAGUCGGUGAAAAGUGGAAUGAAGUUUAGAAAGAACAGGUCUUCAUCGGAACUGAAAAGUUCGCCGCGGAGUUACAGCACAGCUGGGACUAGAAGUGACGACGAAGGGUUUCAGCAUUCACCACGGCACAGUUCCUACUCGGCUGCGUCAAGUCACCACACACCUUGCGGGCCUCGGCACAGCAGCCUAACAGCUACAAGCCUCGUGUCAAACUCGCCUAACAGGAGUAGUUUAAGAAGACUAGAAACAAGUGAAAGAUUCUGGGAGAACAUGAAGCAUCUUCGUACGGGCUCCGUAGGGUACGAGACGCAACUGGAUUUUAUGGACUUUGUCUCCCUCUUCCGGAGUUUUAGCUUAGUAAUGCGUUCAGAACUGCGUGACGUCUUCGACCAGCUCGCGGUCCCUCGUGCGAGGUGUCCGUUCCUUGGAGCCGAGAAGAGUAGAAGUUCUCCAGAACUCUUCAGGAAUAAAACUGCUUUUAGAACUGGACUUCUGACAAGAAACGGUUCCCUCGACUUGGAGCCUCCGAGCGACAAGGCCGGGAGAAAAAAGGCGUUCGACAUCCUGGCCGCAGCAGCUUUACCAGGAGCCAACCCAGACCUGAGCGGCAAGGUGCUUUCCCUCCCAACGCUGGGCAAGUUUUGCGAAACGAGACAGAACGAGCCAAAGAGCGAGCAGCAGUUAAAAGACAUUAUACAGAGACAUGAACCGGACCCGACGCUAAGAGCGGAAAACUGUCUUUCCUUCGAAGGUUUCGUCAGAUUUCUGUCAGACAAAGACAAUUACGCAUUCGUACCAGAACAGAGGAGAGUCGGUAAUGUCGCGGGGAAGACCGCAGAACACAAUCAAGAACAGAAGGACUUGAGUAAGGAAAUGUCGGGUCCUCUUAGCCAGUAUUAUAUCGCCAGCAGUCACAACACGUACCUCACUGGUCAUCAGCUAAAGGGAGAAUCUUCCGUCGAGCUGUACAGCCAGGUAAGCCUAAUUUAA